AUGGCGGCCUGGGCGGGUUUCCAGAUGGAGGCUCUGAGCGGCGGCGCCGGAGCCUCAGGAGGGGCGGGCGCGGCGGCUGCCCUGGGUCCGGGCGGGACUCCAGGGCCUCCCGUGCGAAUGGGCCUGGCGCCAGGUCAAGGGCUGUACCGCUCCCCGAUGCCCGGAGCGGCCUAUCCGAGAGCAGGUAUGCUACCAGGCAGCCGAAUGACACCUCAGGGACCUUCCAUGGGACCCCCUGGCUAUGGGGGGAACCCUUCAGUCCGACCUGGCCUGGCCCAGUCAGGGAUGGACCAGUCCCGCAAGAGACCUGCGCCUCAGCAGAUCCAGCAGGUCCAGCAGCAGGCGGUCCAAAAUCAGAACCACAAUGCAAAGAAAAAGAAGAUGGCUGACAAAAUUCUACCUCAAAGGAUUCGUGAACUGGUACCAGAAUCCCAGGCCUAUAUGGAUCUCUUGGCUUUUGAAAGGAAACUGGAUCAGACUAUCAUGAGGAAACGGCUAGAUAUCCAGGAGGCCUUGAAACGUCCCAUCAAGCAAAAACGGAAGCUGCGAAUUUUCAUUUCUAACACUUUCAAUCCGGCUAAGUCAGAUGUCGAGGAUGGGGAAGGGACGGUGGCUUCCUGGGAGCUUCGGGUAGAAGGACGGCUCCUGGAGGAUUCAGCCUUGUCCAAAUAUGAUGCCACCAAACAAAAGAGGAAGUUCUCUUCUUUUUUUAAGUCCUUGGUGAUCGAACUGGACAAAGACCGGUAUGGGCCAGAUAACCAUCUGGUGGAAUGGCACAGGACCGCCACUACCCAGGAGACAGAUGGCUUCCAGGUGAAGCGGCCAGGAGACGUGAAUGUACGGUGUACUGUCCUGCUGAUGCUGGAUUACCAGCCUCCUCAGUUUAAAUUAGACCCUCGUCUGGCUCGGCUGCUGGGCAUCCACACCCAGACCCGUCCAGUGAUCAUUCAAGCACUGUGGCAAUAUAUUAAGACGCAUAAGCUCCAGGACCCACAUGAGCGGGAGUUUGUCAUCUGUGACAAGUACCUCCAGCAGAUCUUUGAGUCUCAACGUAUGAAGUUUUCAGAGAUCCCCCAACGGCUCCACGCCUUGCUUAUGCCACCAGAGCCCAUCAUCAUUAAUCAUGUCAUCAGUGUUGACCCGAAUGAUCAGAAAAAGACAGCUUGUUAUGACAUUGAUGUGGAAGUGGAUGAUACCUUGAAGACCCAGAUGAAUUCUUUUCUGCUGUCUACUGCCAGCCAGCAGGAGAUUGCUACUCUAGACAACAAGAUCCAUGAGACCAUAGAAACUAUCAAUCAGCUGAAGACCCAGCGAGAGUUCAUGCUGAGCUUUGCCAGAGACCCUCAGGGUUUCAUCAAUGACUGGCUUCAGUCCCAGUGCCGGGACCUCAAGACCAUGACUGAUGUGGUGGGUAACCCGGAGGAAGAGCGCUGAGCUGAGUUCUACUUCCAGCCUUGGGCACAGGAGGCCGUGUGCCGAUACUUCUACUCCAAGGUGCAGCAGAGACGACAAGAAUUAGAGCAAGCCCUGGGAAUCCGAAAUACAUAGGGCUUCUCCCACAGCCCUGAUUUGGCUGCACCGAUUUCUUUAUUUGGGCCCUGUGCUGCCUGCCUCAUAGCACCUGCCUUGGUCUUGCUUGGGGCCUUCCAGGGGAUGCUGUUGGCUCUAGGACAACACCAGAAUGAGGAGGGUCUCACAUGAUACCUGUUGCCCUCUUCUCCCACCCCAUCCCUUCCUACCCCCAGCUUCCCUUUGCCCCACAAAGUUCCCAUGUGCCUGUACCCUCCCCUGGUCUGCAUAGGACCUCUAGAUAGUAUUAAAGAGAGAAC